GACUCUGCAGGUUGUGUUCAAACUCUCAGACUGAUCCGGAGGAAGAGGACAGACCGAGAUGGUUCACAUGUGGAGUUCAGGCCUCAUUCUGCUGCUGUCUCUGCAGUUUGCUGCUGGUUCUCUGACUCGAUGUCAGACUCCUGAGGGGAAGUGUGACUUUGUGUGUGACUGUUCUGACUGCAGUGAUGAGCUGGACUGUGGCUACAGAGGCAGAAGUUUUGAGUGUGACUUUGAGGAUGCAGGGACGUGUGGAUGGACUGAGCAGUCUGUGGAUGAAGCGUACAGCUGGGAGCGUCGUCAGAGAGGUGACACGCUGCCUGACAGCGGGCCGUCAUCUGACUACACCAUCGGGACGGCUUCAGGCUGGUUCAUGGGAGUGACAGCGGUGAAGUCAGAGUCUCUCCGUGCUGCAGUUUUAAUCUCUCCUGAGAUGAAACAGUCGUCUCCAACCUGCCGCCUUCGACUCAGAUAUUUCCUCUGGGACUCAGGUCACUUAGAUCUGGGCUCCACACCUCUGUGGGCGUCGAUCCUUCGCAAGGACUCUCAGGAGACCGUCGUGUGGCGUCCUGAGGCUUCCAGUGUCCGCGGCUGGAAGGAGGCUACCAUCUUCCUCGGCCGAAUCCCGACAAGCUUCCAGAUCCGUCUGAACUCACAGCGCUCUGGGGGACAAAGAGGAGAUGUGGCUGUCGACCAGCUGGAGUUCCUGGACUGUGCUCUUCCUUCUCCGCAUCCUGGAGCAGGGUGUUCACCAGGGAUGAUGGAGUGCAGCAAUGAGGGCUGCGUGGAGCAGAGGCAGGUCUGUGAUGGCAGCGACGACUGUGGUGACGGGAGCGAUGAGGACAAGGAGAAGUGUGGAGGGUACAGACACUGUGACUUUGAGGACGGCCUGUGUGAUUGGUCCCUGUAUUCACUGUCUCCACUGAAAUGGAGAAGGACGAAUCAGAAGAACAUCUCCAUGACUGAUCCUCUCAAAGGACCAGGCAGGGAUCAUUCCAGCAACAGUGCAACAGGUCACUUCCUGUACGUAACGGUCCCUGACGGUGGUCUCAAAACAGACUGGGCUGCUUUCCAAAGUCCCCGCCUUGAACCCACGAAUACUUCACAUCCAUGUAAGAUGGUGAUGUACACUCACCAGUUUGGCCCGAGGUCCGGUGGCCUGACGGUGCUGGUGGCGGAUAAAAAAGUCUACCCUGUGUGGCAGAGGGGCGGAGCUCUUGGUGACGUUUGGGUGAAGGCGGAGGUGGAGAUCAUUACCAAAUCUACUUUCCAGAUCCUAAUAAUGGCAGCGAUCAGGGACUUCACUUACGGAGGCAUCGCUGUGGACAGCAUUGUGUUGUCUCCUGAAUGCCGUGUAUCAGCUGAGAAUAACACCUGGGUGGAUGAGUUCCCUAAACCUCCCAAAGACCCGUGUGCUAUGCCGGACCUAAUGUGUGAUUUUCAUCCUGACUGUGAGGGAGCCGCGGAUGAAGCCAAGUGUGGGGAUUUCUCGUACACUGAGGGCAGCUCUGGCUGGACUGAUUCCAGCAUUGGGAGUCAGGGUUGGGAGCUGUAUAAAAACUCAACAUCUCAAGAGGAGUACCUGUAUGUUGCCGAGGCCCCAGGCCAGCAGCUAACCGAAGCCCAGACACGAACCCCCCUGUUGGGCCCGUCCGGCCCGGUCUGCACUCUGAGCUUUGAUUUUGCUCUAACAGGGAAUCCAGAUCACAUCGGUGAGCUGUCCGUCAGAGUGAUUGACAGCUUAUUGGGCGUUCAGUCUAAGCUGUGGGAGUUCGCUGGGAAGACGGGGAUAGAAGAGGAGGCAUGGAAGCAUGUUGAAGUGUCUGUCGGAGUCAGAGAACAUCGCUUCCAGCUGGCAUUUGAAGCUCGUGCUUCCAAACUUUGUCCAUGUGCAAAGAUCAGAGUGAAGAACGUUCGCUUUGUCAGCUGUCAUGCUGAUUAUUAUCCAUCCUCUCCAACAGCACUAUCAUGUAACUUUGAGGAUGGACUGUGCGGCUGGUUCCAGGACAGCAGUGACAACUUUGACUGGAUGCUGCUGGAUGGCAUGGACCACACCAUCGGGAUCGGCAAAAGCCUCGUUGUGGACAUGUGGAGUCCUUUUCUGCGCGGUGUGUUUGGGCGCUUAGUUUCAUUCACACAGUUAGCAGGCCCAACAGACUACUGCCUGUCCUUCUUCUACAAACUCUACGGGCCAAACACAGGUACUCUGAAUGUGAAGCUGUUAGAUGACUACGGUUAUGAGAGGAUCCUCUGGACCCGCAGUGGAGCGCACAGCAACACGUGGCACGAAGCUCACUGCCCUGUUCCUCACCAGAUCAUAGACUUUCGGCUGAUGUUUGAAGCAGUCCGUUCUGGGUUUGACGGCCGUGUAGCCAUUGAUGACGUGGCGUUAGUGAGCGGUCCGUGCACCGUGCCGAGGAUGUGUUCCUUUGAGGGUCAGCUCUGUGCGUACAGCAGCUCUGGGUCAGUUCAGUGGCUUCACCGCAGAGGAUACCUCUCCACCUUGGCUGGACCCAAAACAGAUCACACUCUGGAGACUGAAUACGGUUACUACAUGAUGGCUAACACCGGAGCAGACAUCCUGCCCUCCGGUGGAACGACAGUCCUCACCUCUCCUGUUCGCCACGGAACCACUAAGACUGAGUGUGUCCAUUUCUGGUAUCACAUGGGAGGAGAGAGACCUGGAUCUCUGACUUUAUACAUGAAGCUGGUGGAGGGAGGGAGGGUGAAGAUCUUCUCUGACAGUCAGAACCAGGGAGAUGUGUGGCGACAUGGGAAUGGAAACAUCUCGAGCACCCUCGUGGACUGGCAGCUGGAGUUUGAGGUGGUGGGAGCUGGAGGUAAAAAGAGCUACAUCGCUGUUGAUGACAUCUUCAUUUCUGCUCACCCGUGUCAGGAUCAAGGUUCUAAGUGCACUUUGGAGAGAGGGAUGUGCAGCUGGAGCAACACUCAGAACAUCAAAGUGGACAAACUUGACUGGGAGCUGACGAGCCAUGAGGCAGAGGGACACUACGUUGUCCCGGAUGAAGACCACACUCUGGGCACAGAGAGAGGUCACUUCCUGUUCCUUUCAAGCAGCAACAGGACAGCCAAUCAAAACGCUCAGCUGUUGAGCCCUCACCUGCCCCCAACGAAGGGCACCUGCCUCAAAUUCUGGCUCCACAAGCGUUUGUCUUCGGACAGCAAACUGAAUGUGUGGAGGCUGUCUGAGGGUAGCCUCCAUCAGCUGCUGGUGGUGGAUGAACCGGCUCUGGUACAGUGGAGACGCUUUGACAUCAACAUCACAUCCACUGAGGAGUACCAGAUCGUGUUUGAAGGAAUCAAAGGAAUGUCAGAUGUUAUCGCUCUGGAUGACAUUGAGUACACCACAGGAGUCCCCUGCAAUGAAUUCACAGAUCCACUACCAACUCCAUCAAAGGGAGACAAUGUUGGAGGAAUCGUAGCCUCCGUCAUUGUGACCCUGUUGCUGAUUGCCACAUUGAUCGGCUUGCUGAUUUACUACCUGAGAUCCAAGCAGAGAGCCGGGGCUGCGAACGGAUCAUCAUCAUCUUCCUCAGUUGGUGGUGGUUUCAGUAAUGAAUACUAUGAAUCAGACGUCACACAGGACCACGUGACAGUGCCACCAACACAGAACCAUCCCAUGGCAGCCGGAUUCAAUGAUGUCCAUAUCCAUGAAGGUGCCAGAGAGAGGGAGGUGGCUUGAGGCAGGAGGAGAGGAGUCCCGCCGCCUGAAGGUGGCUUUGUGAAAUUAAGGGGAUAUCACAGCAGGAGAACUGCUUGUGUCGCCCUGUCAUGAUACACAUAUUGAGCACACACACACACACACACACACAUAUAAAUGCACACAUAUACACACAUUCAUCUAAAUUCAAAGCACAGCCAACAUACUGAAACACUGAUGAAGGCCUGCUGGGUGCAGCUGCCUCAGAUAAGGAGGAUCCCUCCAGAGUCGCAGCUCUCUGCCGGUGGACGGACAGAUUGAAGUCAGAAGGAGAAUUUGUAACGUGCCAGGGAUAGAAAUAAGUUUAAUUUUCUUUAGGUUGAGACCGGGCAUGAACCUCAAAUGGCAAACAUGGUGCAUGGAGAUUCAGGAUCCAUCGAUGGGUCUGUACGAAUGUUCCAGCAGUUUAAUUUCCAGAAACAAAGACUCAUGUUGUUACUACAGGGAGAACUCAGCAGGUGGUUUCUUUACUCAAGCUUUAAACAGGCAGCCUCCUGAUUCUACAUCAGUUUAGAAGUUAAAGUUCUGUCCAGCCUAUAACCUGCUGCAAAUGUCUCCUGUAAAACAAGAGUAGCUUUGUCAAGUGUGAGAAACCAACUCAAGCCUGAACUGGAGGCAGAGUGCUUUUGAGACGAGUUCUAAAGAAUGACUUUAUCAUGCUGCAUUGUGGGAGCACAGCUUCUCUUUAAUGAAGGACUAAACGUUAGAAUAGUUUUGCAUUUAAUCCGUCUCAAGCUCUAAAGAAACAAGUUAAGUACCUGUUUAAAAAGAAAGAAACACUAGACUGACAUCACACAGAAAUAUAGAGGAGACAGAGGAAGUUAAGACAGAUGUAUUCUGUUUGGAGGGUCAACUUUACCUCCCUUUAAAACAAAUUGAGCUUUGAAGAUGAAUAAAUAAUUGAGCAUUAAAAAACAAAAAUGUGAAGGUGUCUUUUCAUUGAAGAGUAAAGGAUUUUUUUUAUCACAAA